UUAUUACUAAUAAUGGCGGCAAUCAGCGACUUAUAACGGGACUGCGGCGGACAUUCUGACACUGGGGGGGGGGGGACUGAUUUGGUGUCACUGACAUCCCCAGUGACACCAAUACAGUGAUUGGUGCUAAUAAAAAGCCCCGACAAUGUACUAAUGGCACUGGGCAGGAAGGGGUUAACAUGAGAGGUCAUCAAAGGGUUAACUGUGUGCUGGGUGUGCUUCACUGUACGCAUGCUGCAAUACAGAGCCAUACAAAGCAGUGUGCAGGAGCUGACAUGCAGGUCUUACCCCCGUCGGAGAAAACUCAG